GUUCUGUCUUCUUGACAGCGCAAACAUGGCGAGAACGGCAGUGGGUCAGGAGUUAGAUAAGUGAAAUGAAGCGCUAUAUUCCUGUUUUACUGAUUUGCAGAACAUUGGAAACAUAUACCAGUAGAUCGGAGCGUGAAAUAAAGUGCCUCCGUGCUAUUUUACAGAGUUGGACCUCGUUUUAAAGGAAUUUUAAGAUUUGUGCGAUAUUUGAAGUGCAGAACAGGGCUGGAGCCAUGACUGCAAUCACAGGAGGCGUCGGGAACUGUUUGUCCAUGAGUCUGUCUGCCCUGAAGAGACUCGAUCCUUAUAUCAGCAGCAUCACAGACCUGGCCAGCCAAGUAGCACUCUACACCUUCAACAACACCACUAAUGAAUGGGAAAAGACAGAUGUGGAGGGAACUCUGUUUGUCUAUAACAGGCUUGCCUCCCCCAGGCAUGGCUUCACCAUCCUAAAUCGCUUGAGUAUGGACAACCUGACCGAACCCAUCACAAAAGACUUAGAUUUCCAGCUGCAGCAUCCAUUUCUCCUGUACAGGAAUGCUCGCCUGUCCAUCUUUGGCAUCUGGUUCUAUGAUAAAGAAGACUGUCAGCGUAUAGCGGAACUCAUGAAGAAUUUGGCAGGGCUUGAACAGCAUUUACAGCCACAAAUAGCGACUGGCUAUGUCUCUCCACGAACAGCAGAGCAGGGUGUGGAUAUAAUGCAGAUGCUUACUAAAGCACGAGAUGACUAUGACAAGGGAAAACUCAGCGAGCCGAAAGAAAUUGGCAGUGGUGGUGUCAUCUAUGGAAACCCCCAUCUGAUCAAACCCAUUCCCCUCAAACCAGCACAGGACGCACACAUUCAGGGACAAACACAGCAGGAUACAGAAAUGGACUCAAAGCACCUCUCAGUUGUCACUUUGUUUGGUGCUCAGUCAAAGCUGGACUGUGUCUCACCGCAGCCCAGCUCGACUGUCAGCAGGGUAGGUCCAGCACGGUCUGCGGUGGCCCGCUCCCUGUCUUAUGAUGAUCCUUCUCCGGCAGGGGGCGCUGUGGUGUCCAGCACCCCCAUGCAGCACUGUCCAGCCAUCCACAAGCUCAUGUCUGGUUCGCUGCUGCAGCCUCUGUCUGAAUCCCCAGAGAGCCGUCUGUGUGAAAACGGGGCAGCCCAGAACCAGCCUGACCCAAUACAAAAACUGCUAAUGAACCCUCCUCCUGUGGCAGGCACCCCUGGGAUGCCUUCCUUAUUAUUAAGUCAGGGAGAGUGUGGAGUGGGGCCCCAAUUCCACCAUAUGGCUAAAGCCUCCGGGCCGGCACUGGCUCAACACCUGAUCUAUGUCCCAACUAAAGCGCCGACUGCUGGAGUGGCAGGGAAUGUGGUGUCGCCUCAUGAGCUUCUGCAGAGGCUCACGUUGGUACAGCAGGAGCAAGAGCUCCAUCCCCGUCAGGAGCUCCUACAGCCCAGCCUGACCGUCAGCACCUCCAGUCUCAGCCAACCCAAUUUGACUCAGGUGAUCUCACCGCAGCGUAUCCCAGCAACUAUAGCCCCCACCCUCCUGUCACCCAGUGUGUUCGCCCAGACUAAAGCCACGCGAGCAGAACCAGAACCAGCUGAACCCAGAGCACUUAGCAAGAUUCAACUACAGGCUACAUUGAUCCACCUUAUCAAGAAUGAUGCCUCAUUCCUGGACACCAUCUAUGAAGCAUACGUCUCCCGUCUCGCAACAGACUUCAGCUCAAAACUUUUCUAAAGCAGGAACACCAUCUGAGCGUGUACAUACAUGCAGCUUGCACGCUCUGAACACAUAUCUGCAUCCCAUCUCAGGACUACCCUACUGUUCUGAGUGUAGCGUCCAAUGAGUUCAGCUCCUCAGCAACAGAUUCACAACAGGAAAACCAGUUUGGUUGCAAAUUGUAUGAAUUUUAGAAUUUAAAUUUUUUAACAAUUGGGAAUCUUAAGUAUUUUACUUUUUGGAAGGAGAAUUUUAUAAUGGAAAUUUAAUUUAGCUUUCAGACAUCAGGGCUGGAAAUGUGCUGUCUGUUGAGAUGGAAAGACAUUCUUCUUUUUAUAAAGGCAUUUUUACCUUUGCAUAUCUAAACAGACCCACAAAAGAAAAAAACAGGACCCUAGCCUCAAAUAUAAUAGAAAUAACAUGACGAAUAACAAGACAAACAUGUCUUGUCUUGGUUUCUAUCAUCUUCAAAUCACAGCCGACAGACAGAAAGCUUCUUCAUCCAUUCACAAGCCAGCAGGAAGAGUUUAUUCAUUUUAAUCACAUCUUUAAAUUGAAAAUGGAUUUUGUUUAAAUGUACAAACAAGAGUGUACAUAUAUAUAUUCUAUUUUUCUAUGGUGUGUUACUUCUGUUCUUAUAUCAACAUGCUGGAAUAUUUUUAGGUUCCCUUUUUUUAAAAACAACCCAAUACCAUGUCAUCAGUGUUUUCCAAUCAACGGGUUAAAAUUUAAAACAAUUAUUUUCUUCCAUUUGUUUUUCUUAUUAAAAUAAUGUCUCAACACCCCA